AUGAAAAUUUGCUGCGCCAUCACGGCGUGCAGCGCUAGCCCGGCUUCAGCUAGCAAACUACCCUUCCUGGAUGCUGGCUGGGAGGCCCUGGGAGGCGGCCCCGCAGACCUGGUAUUCCCGGAGGAAUUCCUGGGAGCGUGGGAGGUAACCAGUGUCCUGACCCGCGUGGAUACGCCACUCGGGGAAGAGGCCGUACCCAACCUGGCGGCCGUACGGCGAGCCCAGCGAGAGGACCUCGACCGUCGUACGUCGUACCAGGUGGCCUUUGUGCGCAACGGCACAGGCAGGGUGGUGUACGACAGGCGCUUCAACACGGCAUCGAUGCUGUCCAUGUACUACGAUAAGACGAUGUCGUUUCUGGAGCGCAUCUCCUGGGACAUCAACGACCCCAACGUGCUCAUUUUGUCCAUGCCGGGUAUGUCGGUGCGCACACGCGUCACGAGGAGGUCGGAGGAGUUCCCCCAGACCGACCGAAUUGAAACGUCCGAGUACGUGGAGUCCGUGUACGACACUGGGGAUGGUGGCGCCCCUCGCAUCAAGGCCAGUCAGUGCUUCACCAAGUACAAGUGGCGGAGUGCCGAGGCCGCUCUACGGGACCAGGGACCCACCAUCGUCGCGACCCAGGUGGUGUCCGACUUCCUGACGCCGUACGAUGGCGAGCAGCAGUACCUCAAGGCAAUGAACAAGCCGUACGCACAGUACACGUACCGUAUGGCCUUCCGCCGACCUGCAAUCAGUCCUAGCUCCCGUCCCAGUUAG